CCUUCGUGGUGUUGAAUUGGUUCUGAGCAAAAUGAAAUUCCUGAUCGCAUUCGCCCUGGUGGCCGUCGCCAGUGCAGAUGUCUCCCAUCUGUUCUCGCACAGCAACAACCUGCAGGAUGAUGGCUACCACUACGCCCCACCCCGCGCUCCCGUCGUCAUCGAUGUGCCCUACGUGCCACAUGAGUCUGCCCCAGUAGUGGUCUACGAGGCCCCCAAGCCCAAGCCCACUCCCGCCCGUCCCGUCUACACCGCUCCUCCAGCUGGUGUCCUGAAGGACGAUGGCUACCACUACGGCCAGCCCUCUGUAAAAUUCGAGGUCGCCGCUCCUCCACCAAAGGUUGAGUACCUGCCUCCUCCCCCAACCAAGAAGGUGUACGUUGCUCCCCCGGUGUACGUGCCACCUCCAACCAAGAAGGUCGUCUACACCCCACCCCCACCACCACCACCACCGAAGAAGGUCGUCGUCUACACCCCACCCCCACCACCACCACCAGUGUACGUGCCUCCCCCAACCAAGAAGGUCGUCGUCUACACUCCACCCCCACCACCACCACCGAAGAAGGUUGUCUACACCCCACCCCCAACUGGAAUCCUGAAGGACGACGGAUACCACUACGGCCAGCCCUCUGUGAAAUUCGAGGUUUCCGCUCCUCCCCCAAAGGUUGAGUACCUGCCUCCCCCACCAACCAAGAAGGUCGUCUACACUCCACCCCCACCACCACCACCAACCAAGAAGGUCGUCGUCUACACCCCACCCCCACCACCACCACCAGUGUACGUCCCACCUCCAACCAAGAAGGUCGUCUACACCCCACCCCCACCACCACCACCGAAGAAGGUCGUCUACACCCCUCCCCCAACUGGAAUCUUGAAGGACGACGGUUACCACUACGGUCAGCCCUCCGUGAAGUUCGAGGUGUCGGCUCCUCCCCCACCAAAGGUUGAAUACCUGCCUCCCCCACCAACCAAGAAGGUGUACGUUGCUCCCCCAGUCUACGUGCCACCUCCAACCAAGAAGGUCGUCUACACCCCACCCCCCACCACCACCACCGAAGAAGGUUGUCGUCUACACCCCACCCCCACCACCACCACCAGUGUACGUGCCUCCCCCAACCAAGAAGGUCGUCGUCUACACCCCACCCCCACCACCACCACCGACCAAGAAGGUUUACGUGGCCCCCAAGGUCGAGUACCUGCCUCCCGUCCAGAAGGGAUACAGCUACCCCAACGACCCCCAGCCCGCGUUCAACUUCUAGGCUCUCGAAGCUAAUUGUAAAUACACAGAUUAAGUAUUAGCCAUAUUUGAGAACGAAUUGUGAAUGAGUGGUCUGGUCUUUCGCAGGAAAGCCGAAUCCACUUGAAAUAACCGUGAAAAUAAAAGUCUUUCGAUUUUAAAAA